CAUCAUUCCAGUAUGCUGAAAACAUCCCCUCAAGCUCUCCUGGUCCUAAAAAUGAGCACCAAAGGCCAAAGUGUCAGAGAUAAUGAUUGAACUGAUUCUAAAAAUGAGCCAUCCAGUAUUGGUGAAAUCGUCUCCUUCAAGCAUUCCUGGUUUCAAAAUCAGCAUCAAGGCCAAAGAGUCAGAGAUAAUGAUGAUGAUGAUGAUGACGAAGAAGCUGGCUUUGAACCAUCGAGUUCUGACGGUGCGGAAAUGGACUUGGCUACAGGCACAUCUUGUUUCAAGAACAGACAAGAAAGGGCAAGCUUAAAGGAUGACGAUGGGAGUGUUUCUAGAAAUGAGCCAUCCAGUUGUGCUGAAAACAACUCCUCUUCAAGCUCUCCUGGUUCCAAAAUGAGCACCAAUAGCCAAAGUACAGAGAUAAUGAUGAUGAUGACGAAGAAGCUGGCAUUGAACCUUCCAGUUCUAACUGCAGAAAUGGACUCAGCUACAAGCACAUCUUGUUUCAAAAACAGACAAGAAAGGGCAAGCUUAAGGAUAAGGCUGGUAAUGAAGGUUAUGGUGACGAAGAAGCUUGCUCUGAACCUUUAAGUUCUAACGCACUGUUAGAAAAAAGGACACAUCUUCACGCACAUCUGGUUACAAGUACAGAGAAGAAAGGGCAUGUAAGGGGUAAGGCUUUUAUUGUAUUAAAUGAUCAGCUCUCAUUGGAUUGUUGUGGAGAUUUGUUUGUCACCACUACCAACUUACAUAAAGUGUACAUUUUGGUUAAUACCUCUUUAUGUAUGUUCUGUGUUUCUAGUGCAUGUGUGUGUGUGCCUUGUACCUCACAAUGUCUGUUCAGUAAAUUGUAUAUUACAUCUUUGAACUGCACUUUGACAGCAAUAACGAAAUGCUGUGGGUUUGAACCCUUCUGAGUGUGUUUAACCAGUUGUUGGCCUCUGAAGAGAUGGUUAGUUAGGAUAUAUAUUAUGAAUGAUAAUUUUGUGAAC